UGGCCCGAGGUGGCCAGGCAGCUGGGUUGGCAGCAGCGCAGUCGGACUCAUCCAAGCCCCAGGAUGGCGUCCCCACGGGAACUGACCCAGAACCCCCUGAAGAAGAUCUGGAUGCCGUACAGCAAUGGACGGCCCGCUCUGCACGCCUGCCAGCGCGGUGUUUGCAUGACCAACUGCCCAACGCUCAUUGUCAUGGUGGGACUGCCUGCCAGGGGCAAGACCUACAUCUCCAAGAAGCUGACUCGCUACCUGAACUGGAUUGGCGUACCCACUCGGGAGUUCAACGUGGGCCAGUAUCGCCGGGACAUGGUCAAGACCUACAAAUCUUUUGAGUUUUUCCUUCCAGACAACGAAGAGGGCCUGAAAAUCAGGAAGCAGUGUGCGCUGACAGCCCUCCGAGACGUUCGGCGGUUCCUUAGUGAGGAGGGGGGACAUGUGGCGGUUUUUGAUGCAACAAAUACCACCCGGGAACGGAGAGCCACCAUCUUUAACUUUGGGGAACAGAACGGCUACAAGACCUUUUUUGUCGAGUCCAUCUGUGUGGAUCCUGAGGUCAUAGCUGCCAACAUUGUGCAAGUGAAACUGGGCAGCCCUGACUAUAUCAACCGCGAUAGUGACGAGGCCACAGAGGACUUCAUGAGGCGCAUUGAGUGCUAUGAGAAUUCAUAUGAGACGCUGGAUGAGGACCUGGACAGGGAUCUAUCCUACAUUAAGAUCAUGGACGUGGGGCAGAGCUACGUCGUGAACCGCGUGGCUGACCACAUCCAGAGCCGCAUCGUGUAUUACCUCAUGAACAUCCACGUGACCCCCCGCUCUAUCUACCUCUGUCGGCAUGGGGAGAGCGAGCUCAACCUCAAGGGCCGGAUCGGCGGGGACCCAGGGCUGUCCCCCCGGGGCAGGGAGUUUGCCAAGAGUCUGGCCCAGUUCAUCAGGGAUCAGAACAUCAAGGACCUAAAGGUCUGGACAAGCCAGAUGAAGAGGACAAUCCAGACGGCCGAGGCCCUGGGUGUGCCCUACGAGCAGUGGAAAGUUCUCAACGAGAUUGAUGCGGGCGUCUGUGAGGAAAUGACCUACGAGGAGAUUCAGGACCAUUAUCCACUGGAGUUUGCCCUGCGAGACCAAGACAAGUACCGGUACCGGUACCCCAAGGGGGAGUCCUACGAGGACCUAGUCCAGCGACUCGAGCCUGUCAUCAUGGAGCUGGAGCGGCAAGAGAACGUGCUGGUCAUCUGCCACCAGGCUGUGAUGCGCUGCCUCCUGGCCUACUUCCUUGACAAGGCGGCAGAGCAGCUGCCCUACCUCAAGUGUCCGCUGCACACGGUCCUGAAGCUGACCCCCGUGGCUUACGGUUGUAAAGUGGAGUCCAUAUUCCUGAAUGUGGCAGCCGUGAACACACACCGAGACAGGCCUCAGAAUGUAGACAUCUCUCGGCCUCCGGAGGAAGCCCUCGUCACGGUCCCGGCUCACCAGUGACCGCAUCUUGUCCACUGUGACCCCCAGGCGGGCGUCGAUCCCUGUGGAGGGCAGUCAUUCCAGGCCCACUGGUCUGUGUGUCAGUCACCGCCCAGGAAACGCCCUCAGAGCCAUGAUUGGCUGGUGGCACCCAGAAGCCCCGCCCCAGCCCACCUGUUUCCUUGUUGGCAGCCACAGGGCUGUAUACGUGGUGUCUGACCUGCUGCUGAGCAUCGCUUGGCCUGAACGCGUCUGCCUCCCGGCCGGUGAGAGGGCUCCCACACCUGCUCCUCCUGUUCUCUCUCACCGGCCGGGGCAGGCGCUUGUGAAGCAUGAAACCCCAAAAAUGUGAAACGGAAAGCACUUGCUGUGAUGUUUUCAGCCACCAAGGCUGUGCUGCCUGGGUGGACCUGGGGACUCUGCCUGGGUUCUGCUGCCCUUUCUGCAGUCACUUCUGGAGCCAGAGGCAAGAUCUUCAGGGAAUCCUGAGCUGCUUCUGCCUCAGUCAGCAGGAGUAAACCCUCUCCAGCCCACCCCACCAGGAGCUGAAGAGCCUCCACCACGGCAGGCAGCCCCCUCCACGGGCUAGACCCUGGGGUCCGUGCGUCUGCAUCGGCAGACGCUUGGGAAAGCAGUGUGUUCACUUCUGCACAUGGGGGUGCCCAGAAACACACAGGGAGGGGGGCAUUGGUGGUUACCCUUUCCCAAUGAUGCCUACACUGGAAUACUUGUGGGAGCCAGUGGCCAAGGCCACCCCUGCCCCAACUGCUCUCAUGGUGCAACGUGUAAGAUGGUGCAACACAUCAAGACAUAAGGACAGAGCUGUUGUACGCGUCCCUCUUCCCAAUGCUCGAGGGAGAGGCUGCCCUCUUUCGCUCCCAGCUGUGCCACCGGCUACCUCGAGUGCUGCUGCCGGUAUCCACGCAUGAGUAUACACCAGUGGCCACACCUGCAUUUGCUGUGAAGGAUUUGGAAAGCCUGUCCUGGCAUUCAUUGACUUCUACCUGGGGGAUGAAGCCUGGGAAUGGUGGGAGCCGGAGUCAGCCCCUGGUCUGGGAUGAUUUUCCCAGCCACGUCAUCACUUUUGAUUCUUGUACAAAAGAGCCUGAUGAAAAUGAUCUCGGGAAGCCUGCCAUCACGCCCCUGAGUUCUCUGGAGCCCAGAGAGGUGGGCUGGGGCAGUUGAUUCCAGCUCCAUUUUGUAGCUGGGAGAACAGACUGGCCAGCAUCUUGUGAGGCUGGGUGAGAAAGUGUGUGGAUUUGUAGUUGGAUGUGCUGCUCUGGCCAAACCCCGGGUGGGGAGAUGCCCAGGACAGGGCUGUGGUGGGACACUCCAUUGGAGCCCCGAGUUCCUUAGACCUGGGGCCAGUGGGCCACUUGCUGUCUUUGGGACUCGGGGACUGCAGCCUUUGUUUCUAUGGCAGCCUUGGUCUUGGUGACUUCCGGCCAAGUUUACUUGUUGCCCAUAGUGGGUCCCUUUUCAGUGGCAUGUCCAUCUAGAUGUCACCACCUCUCCGGGACCUCAGGCUCACUGAGGUGAGACCAGCGAGACCUCUUCUCCCUGUUCAGAGGGCUGCCAGGGCCAGAUGUGUCACAGGAUUGGGAGGGGCAGAGGGAGGUCUGGGAUCCCAGCAGGGGCUCACCCCAAGCCGGUUCUCUUUCUGGGCAGCAUCCACCUGGCCAGCUGCCCGCUUAUAGCCGGGACGGUCCAUGUGGUCCUAUUGCAGACAUUUUUCCUCCUCGUCCUGGAAUGGAUGUUGUUGGAACUCAGCCACUCGUCACACUGUGUCCAACAUUCUCUGCAAUAAAUACUUAAAAAAAAAAAAAAAAAGAAAGAA